GUAUAGAAAUCUGUGCUGUCAUGUCUCUUGAUAUUAAAGAUAACAAAAGUGAAACCAGGUCAAGCGUGCAAAGCACAAAGACAGCCAUUUCAAAAUCAGCACUGCAUCGUUGGCACUUCAACGCUCGCGGAAGUUGGAGCUUCAGAAAGUUGCUCCGCGUCCACAGCCGUUCUCAUUCGAGGUUUGAUGAAAAUGCGUGGCAACGUUACAACAUCACGGAUGGUCAUUCCUCGUAUGGUUCUGCCUUGUUUGAUCAGCAUCAUUCUCUAAAUUUGCACUUUGCGUUUGCCGGAUUAAAUCUUACUCUGUUUAAUUAUUUACAAUUUUGCGUUAUCGUCGCAACAGAUCUGUAAUAUCACUCUAUUGUCUGCUUGCCGUGAUGUACAUAUGUUAGAGACUUAAUAAUAAAUGUAAGCGGUUGCGAAGAAAUUUCAUCCUUACUCUCUGGUAAUAAU